AGAAGCCUGUCGAAAUCGCCAAACGCAAGGGUCAUGUGGAAAUCACGGAACUUCUCGAAAAUCCACCGCCCAAACCUCCCAAAAAGGUCAAUGAGGCGGGUGUUUAGGUUUUGGAUGGGAUCGACGAACAAAGUGUAAUGAAUGGCAAACCAAGGCGAAAACAUAAGCACCGAUCCUCGUCAAAGAACACACCAUUAUCACCUUAUGGGUGUCAUUACUACCCAGAUAUGAUUGACUUCCCCGAGCCCGAUCCAAAUUCUUUACCCGAAGAGCCUUUACAAAAUGGAGAACAGUACUUCCUGGACUUGGCGGGAAAUAUCAAAAAGGGUCCAGUCAGCACUAACUACACAUGCUAUUGCGCCCCCCUCCUUCAUCGAGUGGAAAAGAAAAUGGACCGAAACAAAAAGGAAAUGUUCCGUCAUUUGGACCACACCCAUGGGAAACUGGUCUCGAGAAUCUCACACUUGGAGAAACGAACGAAAGACCAACUUGGUCAUCUUUCCAAUAACAUGAAGGAAACAUUUGCUCAGGAGAGGAUUGAGUGCCAAGACCGAAUGGAGCGCAGAGCCAUCCGAGAUCGAAUUGCCAUUGAACGCCAAAGCGGAGUACGGGAUAUGAUUCUUAGGGGCGAUCUCUCAGCUUGGCUAGAAAAACGCGUUUCAGAAUUGGAAAAAAUAAGUUCGAUGAAAAGUAACGAGGAUGCGGCUUUCAUGAGAACUCUCUUGAGAAGCUCAAAACGCAGGAAAAGAGCUUUCAUGGCUGAGAUCCAGAGUGGAACUCUCCGACGAACGGCCAGCGAAGACUAUUUGCCCGGGGAAGACUUCCAGGAAUCUCAACAAGACAUUGUGGUCGACGAAUUGACACUCCCACCCAACCUCCAAGAAUUGCGGGUGUCCGACCAUCCCCACGACAAUUACCCUGGUCCACCCAUUCGUGUCCGACGAAACAGUGCCGGGGAUGAAACGAAUAUGUUUUACGACUUUGGCGACUUCAACGUGAAAGAACUCUCCAACCAUAACCAUUCACAGCCGGGUCAUUAUCCCGGGUUGCAGCCUCAAGCCUCUCCUGGCGACAUCAUCUCCUACAGCACCAAUAGCGAAUCCACUGUGGUGUCCAAUCUCAAGCCAUGGCCUAGACAGCAUCCCAAAGGAUUGCCCUCCACGGAAAGCUCGAACGUGAUUUAUCAAAAUUUUAAUCCUCCUCGAUCUCUCAAGGCCCAGUUACCAAUUCCGCCGCCCAAACCCACAAAACUGCCUCCCAUGUUGCCGCCGAAGCAUCAGAUGCCACCCCCCUAUCGACCUCCGCCCUUUCAGUACAACGCCCACCUAUUUAAAGGCACAGGGGGAGGAGGUAAUGGCUUGUUCUUGCCCUCUAUCGGAGAAGAUCAUUUUUUAGGCUCAACUCACCCCCUGGUCUUGGGAUCACUCACCAAGACCACAUCUGAUGGGGGCUCCCAUGAUUCUCACAACGACUCUGGGUACUGUACCCGCCCAGGGGGAAACAGCUCAGGUCCAUCACCAAGUCUAUCAGGAAGCCAAGGGCGACCAGACAGCCGAGGGAUCAAUCUAGAUUUUCCCGCAGGUGAUCCUACGCCCUCCUUGCGAGAGCAGCAUGGAUUACCUGGUCAAUUGGAAAUUGGUCCCCGAAUCCGCCAACUCCAAACACAACUGAGCCUUACCCGAUUGGAACACUCUGGACCUGAAGUGACCUCUGCCCAAGGCAGUUUGGUAUAAUAUGAUGAUCCUGCUCAUCCUAAAACGAGUACAAAUCGAUAAUUCAGAUGCCAUGAUGCUGGAGAAGAUCCAAUACUAUAAUAAUAUAUAUCUGUUUGUCUAGUCUAUUCUCCCAAAACACAUGUCAUGCUCUUAUUAAACGCAGAUGUUUUCAUACUUGACUUCAGACAUUAAAACGGCCUUCCCAUGGCUUCCA